AUGGCACAGCGUCGUCGACAUAGUGCGUAUCAAAAACUAACGACUUCAUCCUCAACAACCACAUAUACCUAUCGAAAUCGAACCUUUGAAGAUCUAACAGAUCUGUUUAUCUUUGCUUGUUCAAACGGAAAUUAUGUACUGGUUUAUAAACUAUUAGAAGAAGGCGAAGUUAAAGCUGAUGUUAUGAAUAAGAUGGGCAAAAGUGUUCUUCAAUUAGCAAUUGAAAAUGAACACUAUGAAGUUGUGAAAAUUCUUCUCGACCGAAUUCCUUACGAACAAUAUCGCGAUGCACUUCUGUCGGCAAUUUAUUUAGAUCAUACAAAUAUCGCAAAUUUAAUUUUAAAACAUCCAAUCUAUCAAACCUUUGUAGGUGGAUUUCUUGAUCCAACUGAUCCCAAAGCACAUGACGACUCACAAUUCAGUUCAGACGUAACUCCACUUAUUCUCGCUGCACAAUUCAAUCGUCUACCUAUUGUUCACUACUUAUUAGCCCAUGGUGAACGCAUAAAAAAGCCUCAUCAUAACACCUGUAUUUGUACUGAAUGUAUUGGAGAGUCCCAGACAGAUCCAUUUCGACAAGCACAAAAUCGCCUAUCAGCAUAUCGUGGCCUAGCAUCGGAAGUUUAUAUUGCACUACUUUAUCCUGAUCCAAUUUUACAAGCAUUUCAGUUGGGUCACGAACUACGGAAACUUGCAAAAACCGAACGUUAUUAUGCGGCUGAGUAUAGAAAACUAGCUGCACAAUUGUCGAUCUUUACAGCACGAUUACUCGACAAUGUUCGAGGAUACGAAGAAUUAGAAAUGAUCUUAAACAAAACUGGUUUACCUAAUGAAGAAAAAUACGAAAAUCUUGCACGAUUUGAUCUUGCUAUUCAGUACAAAGAGAAACCAUUUGUAUCGCAUUCGAGCUGUCAACAAAAGCUCAGUGAUCAUUGGUACGCACAUUUACCUAUUUCUCAGAAUACUAAUUUUUUUAAACGAGUUGUUUUCUAUCUUACUUACCUGAUAUGUUUUCCAUUUCUGGCCAUUGCUCAUUACUUCUUUCCAAAUUCGAAAAUGGGUUCACUGUGUCAACAACCCAAUCUGAAAUUCAAAGCGUACAUUGCAUCCUAUCUGAUAUUUAUUGCCUUAAUUAUAGCAUCAAGUUCUGUAUCGGCCAGUUAUCUUGAACAAACAAAAUUUCUCUCCGAUCACGAUCUGAAAAUUUACAUGAAUUACAUUCGAUUGAUCUAUAAAAAUGUUCAGUUAAGAAAUCGUAUUAUUGGACUGGAUAAUAAUGCAAAUAAUUAUACAAUUUCUUCGGUCAUCGCUUGUGAUCUAAGUCUUCGUCCUCUAAUACCAAAUGCUUUUCAUAUUAUUACAUCGAUAUGGGUCAUUGGAUUUUCUUGCAGUGAAUUUAAGCAAAUAGUCACUGUAGGAUUGCAUGUUUACUUAAAGGUUCCCAGUAAUUAUGUCGAUUGCUCUAUGAAUCUUCUCUAUCUAUUCUACUUCAUCUUUCUCUAUUCAUCAAUAAUCUACACUCGUCUGGCGAUGAAUACGUUUCAAUCCGAUGCUUAUUGGGAUCGACUUGUUCAUUAUAAUACACUGACAAAUGUCGAAAAAGAGUACAUCAUAUCUCAAACUCGACAUGUUCUAUACUGGUUAAAUGCAGAUCGGUUCUACUGGAAGAGUGGCGAUCUACAAAACUUAGCCGAGGCGUUUUUUGCAAUGGGAAAUGUGGCUAGUAUAUGUCGAAUGUGUUUUCUGUUGCCCGUUAUUCCAUUUGUCGGGCCUUUACAAGUCAUGCUGGAUUACAUGAUGAUCGAUAUCUCCAAAUGGAUACUUAUUAUUGUCAUACUUUUCACAUCGUUUGCAUGUGCAUUAUAUUUAAUCUUUUCUUAUUUUGCAGUGGUUCUUCAACAACAGAACAAUUUGAUCCAGGCAAUAUCAAAUGUUACUUCAUCGAUUAUUCUUUCUAACAUAACAUCGCUCAGUCAAGCGCAAUGUCCACAAUAUUUCUAUGAACUGGUCAACCAAUCUAUUCCAUUGAUAAUGGUUACUGUGCAGAAUACAGAUGAUGAUAGUAGUAAUGGUUUCUGUCAAGAUAUAGAUUCAUAUCCGGGUAUCAGUUAUUUUGGUCAGUCAUUUUCAUCAACAUUAUUGACCACAUUUUUCUCAUUGUUUGGAGUAAUUGGCGAUGGUUCAUCUAAUCGCGGCUAUGAACUACAGACAACUUCGUGUUAUCAAGCGGAUCCUAGCGGUUAUUCACCCGACUACGAUGUGUUUACAUCCAAUCUUGGCUUUUUCAUAUAUGGUUUAUUUUCGUUUACAUGUGUGACUGUUUUAAUUAACACAUUGAUUGCCAUGUUAGAAGGAACUAUCGAAGAUAUCGAUGACCGUGCUGACAUCGAAUGGAAAUAUGCUCGUUCAAAACUUUACAUUGAAUACAUUCGAGCUGGGUAUUCUCUACCGGUACCAUUGAACAUUUUGCCAACACCGACGACAAUUAUGAAUUAUAUAAAUCGUAUUCGACAAAUGAUUAGCACAAAAACGUUCUCGUUUAAUGAGAAACCAGUAUUACCAAUGACUAAUCCUAAAGAUUAUGCAGCGAAAUUCAAGAAGAAUCUCAGACAAAACCGUCGCCCGUCGGAGACGUUCAUUCACCAGGGAAUUUUCAAUCGACAACAAUCAUUUAAUUCAAAUAAAAAAUUGACUUAUAAAUUAGUCAUCGAACGUGUUGUCAAACGCUUUUUACUCUACUACAAAGAUCCCCGUGUAGGUUUAUCGUCAACAACACACGCAUUGGAAUUCAAAGAAUUAAGAAAUGACAUAUCGGCGCUUCAUCUUGAGUUAAUCAAUGAUAUUGAUGAGUACGAUGAUGUUUAUAUGUCAAUGGAAGAAUCAAUGAGCCAACUUAAUGAGACUCUAAAUGAACAUUUUGAUUUACGAGAAAUGAAACAAUACUUGGACAGUCAAAAAUUGUGA